AUGCUUGACGUGAUCGAUUUUAUCAAGGAGCGCGGCGGCGAUCCUGAGAAGAUCCGGGAGUCUCAGCGCCGACGCAACGCCCCAGUCGAGAUCGUUGACGAGAUCAUUGCUCUCUGGGAGGACCACCGUGCUACCCAGUACUCUGCGACGCAGAUCAACGGCAAGAUCAACGACGUUCAGAAGCAAAUUGGUGCCAAGAAGAAGGCCAAGGAGAAUGCCGACGAGCUCCUACAGCAGAAGGUUGCGCUCGAGAAAGAAAAAAAGACUCUUGUCGACUCCGCUGCCGAGAAGGACACUUUCCUGAAAUCCAAAAUCCGCAGAGUGGGAAACUACGUUCACGACUCGGUUCCGGUCAGCGAUAACGAGGACAACAAUGUGAUCCAACGCACGUGGGCGCCCGAGGGCAUCGCGGUCGAGAAGAAGGAGUGCCUGUCCCACCAUGAGGUCCUCCUUCGUCUGGACGGAUAUGACCCCGAGCGAGGUGCAAAAGUUGUUGGCCACCGCGGUUACUUCCUUCGCCAGUGGGGAGUCUUCCUGAACCAGGCGCUCAUCAACUACGGUCUGGAGUUUCUCUCUGGAAAGGGGUACACCCCGCUGCAAACGCCCCAGUUCAUGCUCAAGGACUACAUGGGCAAGACGGCCCAACUUGAGGACUUUGAUGAGGAGCUCUACAAGGUAGUUGACGGUGACGCGAAGAACGAUAAGUACCUCAUUGCCACCUCGGAGCAGCCCAUUUCAGCCUUCCACGCCGAUGAAUGGCUCGUCUCCAAGGACCUCCCCCUCAAAUAUGCCGGAUAUAGCACGUGCUACCGCAGGGAGGCUGGUAACCACGGACGCGAUGCCUGGGGUAUCUACCGUGUGCAUCAGUUUGAGAAGAUCGAGCAAUUCCUCCUCACCGACCCCGAAAAGUCUUGGGAGGCCUUCGACGACAUGAUUAACAUCUCGGAGGAGUUCUACAAGUCUCUGGGCCUGCCUUACCGGAUUGUCUCUAUCGUCUCUGGAGCGCUGAACAAUGCGGCGUCGAAGAAGUACGACCUGGAAGCCUGGUUUCCAUUCCAGGGAGAGUACAAGGAGUUAGUUUCGUGUUCCAACUGCACUGAUUACCAGUCGCGGUCUCUCGAAAUUCGCUUUGGUGCCAAGACACAGACCGAGGUGAAGAAGAAGUACGUGCACUGCCUUAACUCGACGCUGUGCGCUACGACUCGUGCGCUGUGCUGCGUGCUUGAGAACUACCAAACGGAGACGGGUCUCAAGAUUCCCGAGCCUCUGCGGAAGUACCUUCCCGGUGCUCCCGAGUUCAUCGAGUACGCAAAGGAACUCCCCAAGGACUCUACCUCUCACAAGGUUCUGGCUAAGAGGGAGAAGGGCAGCAAAUGA